AUGCUUCUCAUUGAAGGUCAAACGCCUGGCAACGGAAGUAAUUCACCCGCCCAAAAUUCAACGCGAAGUAUUAGCCCAAAUACUGCUAACAAUAAUAACAACAGCGGCCAUAUCAUUCAACCCGUCUCACCACAAACACCUUUACAGCUACAAACAUCGUCAUCAUCGCCUAAACAGUCACAUCAUUUACUAAACAAUUCUGUUAAUUUAGGAAAUAUUACGCCCACCUUCAGUACGCCACAACAGACACCUUUGUCUAGCUUUAAGUCAUCGCCGUUGAACGGUAGCGGGCAGCACAUCAGCGGUGAUAUCAACAUGCCGAUGCCAGGAGCAGUUGUCGUUACACCUGGUACACCAAACUCAACGACUAAGGAUGGCUCAGGUCGAUUGAAGAUUGUCGUGGCGUUGUAUCCAUUUAAGGCGAUUGAGACUGGAGAUUUGUCCUUGGAAAAGAAUGCUGAAUAUGAAGUCAUUGAUGAUUCACAAGAGCAUUGGUGGAAGGUGAAAGAUGCCGGUGGUAAUAUCGGUUACAUUCCCAGCAAUUACGUUAAAGAGAAAGAGCUGCUGGGUCUUCAAAAAUAUGAUUGGUAUGUCGGUGACAUGUCACGUCAACGCGCUGAAUCACUACUGAAACAAAACGAUAAAGAAGGUUGCUUUGUCGUCUUCACAUGUGGCAAAAUGCCAUACGGUCGUUUGAAGAACACUGAAGUUGUUGAACGCGUUCAGCGUGGAAUAAUUCUGGAAAAGCCGAAAGCAUGCGCUAAGGAAAUUUAUGAUGUCAUGAAAAAAUGCUGGUCACAUAGUCCCGAAGAUCGUCCAGGUUUUCGUGUAUUGAAAGAUCAAUUGGCCGCAGUUGCGCAAGGUCUCACCGACUAAAAAAAUCUUCAUCAUCAUUAUUCAACAUAUCCUCAUAUUAGCUCCCUCAUUACAUUCAUUAAUUGUGCGAUGCACAACUCGAAUUAUAUGAAAAGUUACUCAAGAACAUUUCUUGUAUUACCCCUUAAUUCAUGGAAUUAUUUGUAAGUGAUGUCAUCGAGAUGAAGAAAUUUUUGCUUCCGAAGAUUUUCUUUUUUCAAUUUUAACAAAUUUUCUAGUGAACUGAGCGAGACGAAAUCUUCCAUGAAAAGAAACAUUGUGACAACCUCGAUAACAUCAUUGAUAAAUGAUUCCUAGAAUAUAUGAAAAAAAAGUGUAGCUAUCGACUUACUUAAUCGAAAGUAAUGUAAACUAUUGUUAAUCUUCAAUUUGAAUGCCAUUUUAUAUGAUUAAUAAAAUGUGAAAAAGCGACAGAACGAAAUAUUUGAACGUUCAUAAAGCUCGCAAAAAGAAUUGAGAAGAAGAAAGAAGAACCAUGAAACUAACCCCAUACGCGAUAUUUUGUAACAUUUGAUAAAGGACACAGAAUUGCAUUGUAAUGCUGACUAAGUAAAUAUUAAACAAACAAAAAAAAGAAAAAAAUCUUCAUGGACUUUUUAUCGUUUUUAAAAGCAAAAAAUCGAUUCGCAAUGUUUUAGUCUUGUUUUAGUUUUUAAUUUGACAAUGAAAUCACACGAAAGUGAAUUUAAAUCUUUUUUUUUUAGUUAAGAUUCGUGAAUUAUUUUCUUAUGUUUAAAACCGUGAUAUUUUAAUUACAAUAAAUGUGCGAUGUAAAUUAAAUCUUAAGAAAGUGAAAUGAUUCAUUUGAAACUUUAUAUACUGGCAAGAUUUAUCUAUAAGGAAUCGGCAUGAGAAACGUUAGUGAAGUAGGAUUUAUAAUUAUUAAUAACAAAUCGUUUACAUUGAUAAGAUUGUGUGAUUGAAUAAAGCAACAAAAAAUUUGAAGGAAAUUGAAAUGAAACAAAUAAAAUUAUUGUUCUUUUUACUGUCAGCAAUACAUAAAUUGAAUAAAAUUUUUCAUUCUUCUUCAUCGAUGUGCAAAUGAUUUGCAAGAACUGAAAUUUGUUGUUGAAGCAACAAAGUGACAGUCAGAACUAAGAAGCUUCUUUUAAAAAGCUCAUUUAAGAAGAUUUCGCUUUUCAUUUUCUUUUAAGACAAACACAUAAGAAAUCAAAAGCAUAAGAAAUCAAUAAAUCAAAGCUUUUUAUACUGAUAAAGGAAGUACACAAAUAAAUAACUUUCCAAUUAAAACAUACGACUAUAAAAAAUAUCUCGAAGACCAUUUUUCUUAACUAGAACUUUUUGAUAAUUUUUUUUCGAUGUGUAUCUUGUUAUACUUAAAAUCUUAUCAUAACAAUUAUUAAGUCGAAAGAAAAAAUUACUUUCAAUCUCGCUUGUUAAACGAUUAAAGAUUAUUAAGCUGAGGAUCUUUUUCAUCCUCGAAACAUAAAUUUAUGAGCUUUUUAUUGUCAUUACACUUCAAUAGUUUAUUUUUUAAUGACGAUUGUAAAACUUUCAUUCGCC